GCGCCGGAGGGGCCGGCCGCGAGCGGCGGCCGGGAGCGCGCGGGCGGGCGCGGCGCUGACGUGGCGGCGGCACCGGCACCAUGCGGGGCGGUAGUGGUGGUGGUGGCGGCGGCGGCGGCUCGGACACCAGGACUGGACAUCACAGACAGCAGAAGCACAAGAAGUCCUUGGGAGAUAAAAAGUCUAAGCAACUAGAGGAGGUGGAAGCUGCUGUUGUAGGAGUGAACAGUGAUUCUGAGGACACAGUCACCAACAUUUCCUCUGCCUCCCCGAAGAGCCCAGUGAAUGGGAGCGCAGAGCCCAGGAGCAAGCGGACCAUCCGCAGGCCUGCUUACUGGUUGGAAAUGAGAGGAAUGAAAAACAGUGUGAACAAAUCUUCAGAAAAAAAAGGAGAAGUACUGUUGAAAGGCAAGAGGAAAUCUGAGCAAAGGGAAGGCAAAGAUGUUAAAGACUCUCCCAAGAAGAAGCAGAAGAUUUCGGGGAAAAAACAGCAAACUGGAACAAAACAAAAUUCCAGAAUGAAACGCCACUGUGAGCCAGAAACCUAUGACUCAGGUAGUAUGGAAGAGCAGUGGUCUUUAGAGAUUCAGGACAAAGGCCGAGUUACCUGUCCCACAUGCCGGGCUGUGGUGAGGAAAACUGUAGAAGGACUGAAGAAACAUAUGGCAAAUUGCAGGAAGGAAAUGUUCACGUGUCAUCACUGCGGGAAGCAGCUGAAGUCUUUAGCAGGGAUGAAAUACCAUGUCAUGGCAGACCAUAACAAUCAGCCAGUUGUGAAGGAGGGAGAAGAAUUGGAUGAGCAGCUUGAGCGAGACCGCCUUCGGAAGGUUUUGAAACGAAUGGGAAAACUAAAGUGUACAAGGGAGGGCUGCACAGGCAGCUUCACCAGCAUAAUGGGAUACUUAUAUCACAUUAAAAAAUGUGGGAAGGCUGCUUCUGAGCUGGAGAAAAUGGCUAUGAAGUGCCAUCACUGUGGGAAGGCAUACAGAUCAAAGGCAGGACUUGUCUACCACCUCCGAUCGAAGCACGGGCCGGUCACUUUCCUCAGUGAGGAGAGAAGAACAGAGAACCUGAAAGAAAUGAAACGGGAGCAGAACAACACAGGCAGAGUUCAGAGGAGAUCUGCAAAGGUGGCAAUCUACUAUCUCCAUGAGCUGGCAGGAGAAGAGCUGGCCAAAGAGUGGCCCAAAAGAAAAGUUCUGCAGGACUUGAUUCCAGAUGACCGGAAGCUGAAAUACACUCGUCCUGGACUGCCUACAUUUAGUCAAGAUGUGCUGUGCAAAUGGAAAACGGAAAUAAAGAUGUACCGAAGAGUCCACUGCCCAAAUCAGGGUUGUGAAUCUGUGUAUGGCAGUGUCUCAGGACUCAAGUCUCACCUUGGCACAUGUACCUUGGGAGACUUUGUGGCUGGUAAAUACAAGUGUCUCCUGUGUGAGAAGGAGUUCAUUUCAGAGAGUGGGGUCAAGUAUCACAUCAACUCUGUGCACGCUGAGGACUGGUUUGAUGUGAAUACAACGACCACCAAAAGCUUUGAGAAGCUAAUGAAAAUUCGCCAAAGGGAAGAGCAGAAGAAGCAACGGAAGAAACGUCCUUUGACCAGGGGCAAAAAGAAGAGAGCUGGCACCCUGGCUGCCAAGAAGCUCCCCGCUGUUGGAGCUGAAAAAACGAGGAGGAGUAAGAGAGGUUGUCCACAACGAGUGGACAACGAGAGCGCGAGCAGUGAGGAAGGGGCACCCCAAGUUGCACAGAGAGCUGAAGUUCCAAAAGCCAGCCACAAGCGAGGCCGAAGUAAAUCCCUAGAAGAUGAGAAGGAGUAAUCCUAAAGCUUUUCAGUUACAAGCCCCACUUCUGUCAGGCUCAUAACCCACAGCACUAAUAUAAGCAACUGAAUGUCUUUGGGACUGUGACUCAGUUCUGCGGGUGACUUUGAUAGUGAAACUUCUGCAUCUGGUCAGUUGUGAGGAAUUCAAACCAAAGCCGUGGUGCAGAGGUUGCUUCUGCCAGUGGAGUUCCUUUGGACAGUGGCACUGACAGUGUACCCAGUGUGAUUCCUGCUCUGGUUGCAGUCUCAGUUUGGUCAUACUAGUUGCUUGUUUAGUGGUUUCCAGUACAGCAAGUGUCUGUUUUGUCAUCUUCCCUGAUGUGUGAGAUCAGGGUUCUUUUUUACAAUUCUUCUCAAAAGGGACUGACUAGCACAAGGUUUAGGUCUCUUCAAGGGGGAAACGCUUUCUUGCACAGAAUGCACCCAAACUAAACACGAGAACAGUGCUGCGCAGAAGGCAAAGACUGGCUUGCCCUGUCACUCUCCUGUCAUCAGCAAGGCUGCCACAAAGGAGACCUUCUCCGUAUUGGCUGUAUCCUGUUGCAUAAGGCUCUAUUUCAUACCCCGGUGUUUAGGCUCAGCAUCAGACAGCACCAGACUUGGAAGGGAUGGAAGUUCAUUAUUACCCUUGUCAGGAACCCACUGUUCCCCUGGCAUCUGUCUCCUGUAAUACUGGACAUUAAACAUGUGUAGAAAGUCUUCCAGUGCUGCAACAAUUGAAUGCUCUUGAGCCCUUUGGAGAUUCACCAGCCUUUUAGAGACCCUGGUAACUAAUGUACUGAGAUGGCCUUGUGUGCCCUCUGAAGCCCACCUGUUCCAUGCUCACAUGGGAGACAUACUGCAAGACAGUGCAUCCCUACAUGAGCAGCCUGCUAGUGCUGGGACCAGGUUCCACAAAGCUGCCUUGCCAGCAUGUGGUUCUUUUGUCAUGCCAGUGCUCCCACAGUGUCUUUUCCCCCUGCUCUGCAGAUACCCCCUUCAUUGUCUUACAUAACCUGUUUCUUUUCAUUAUCUCUGCAAAUGAGGUGUAUUAGCAGUGGCUUCCCUGUGUAGAAAAGGUUAAAAGAAGAGGGGUCACUAUUUUAAGUCAUGUGUUGGCAUUGUCUCUGGAUCAUAAGGAAUAAUAUCUUCCUGUCUCUAUAAAUCAUAGAAUGUUAAGGGAUUGGAAUGGACCUUAAAGAUCAUUUAGUCUCACCCCCUGCUGCCACGAGCAGGGACAAAUCCCACUAGACCGGAUUGCUCAAGGCCUUAUCCAGCCUGGCUUUGAACACUGCCAGAGUUGGGGCAUCCACAGCCUCCCUGGGCAACCUGUUCAGUGUCUGAAUGCAGCAGAUGCCAUAGAAGCUAGCAGGAAGCAGCAGCACGGCAUCCAGAAAAAUACAGUUCUAUUUUUCAAAGAAUGAGUUCUCCAGAAUUUGUUAAUCCAAAGACCCACCAUACCAGAAAAUUGCAAAAUUUGCAGUCUGACAAAGUUGUGGUGCUGAAAUUCCCAGGGAAGCUGUUGCAGUGGGUGGGGAACAGGCAGGUUUGUACAUGUGUGUUAGUACUAGCACAAUCACAUUGUUCCUGACAGUGGGGAAUACUGUAGGGCCAAGGUGGUCUCCAGAACUGCCUUUGGAACCAGGUGCUGCUGCAUUUGCAGGUGCUGAAAGCAAAUGUGUGGACUGUGCAGGGCGUGUAGAGUCUGCAGUGAGAUGGGCAAGAUCAGAAGACAACAAAAUAAAAUGUCACCAGUGUGAGAAUGUGGUUCCUUGUCUGUUUGCUAUGGUGUUCUUGGUGCCAUCCCUCCUCCCCCAGCACACCCUAGCCUGCGCAGGGCUGUCCUGCUGCAGGGCUGUCCUGCAGGGUUGCCCUGCAUGCUCUGGUGCUGUUCAGCUGUCUUUGUGGUUUCUCUUCAGAACUCCACAGUGCUGUACUUGGAGGAAAUGUUCACUGCUUUCCUACUCAGUACAAUAAACCCAGGAAUUAAAGAAGGUUUUUCAUAAUGGUUUUCAGUCUAGAGUCCUGUUUCCUGUCAUUUAUGAGUUACUAACUAGACCUGCUUUCUAGACAUGAGUACUUUGUGACCACUUGGGUUUUGUAGUCACUUCAGUAACAUACUCCUCCACAUAACAUGGCACAUGGAAAAAAGCAUUCUCCAGUCAUCCAUCCCUGUCCAUCAGCACAACAGCAGAUUGUUUGCGGGAUCGGCUCAAGCUGGUAUGAGGUGGUGGCACUGCUGCUAGUGCACUGCUUGUGAGGAGAGAGAUCUGUCCUGGAGCACCUGCAUCCUGCUGCAGUGGGGCCAAGGCAGCCGUGCUGCUCUGCUCUGGGGGCAGGGGAUUCGGCAGAGAGGCAGAAUCGCCUCCCUCGCCUGCUCGGCGCACUGCUGGAGAGGCAGCCCCCCACUGGACACUGGUGGUUUCUGGGCUGCCAAUGCACGUGGCCAGGUUGUGUUAUCCUAAUUUUGUUAUCCCAGGACCUUGUCCCCCAGACUGCUCUCCAUCCAUGGAUUCCCCAGGUUUUUCUGGAUGACAUCCCUCUCCUCCAGCAAAUCAAUUGCACCAAGCAGCUCAGAUGGGCAACAGGCCCUGGAGGAACGAUGCCCACUGCCCCAGCAAACUGGUCCUUGCUGUUACCAAUUCUACUCGAGCAAGUACAUGUUUAGGAAGAGAUCCAGUUUGGAAGGAAUCAGAAGUGUUAAAAGAGACCGGCUAGUCACUCAAUAUUUGUUGCAAUGGUUCAUUGUACUAAAACUGUUGUGUCUUCUCAUUGGAACUUGUUUUAUUUCAGCCUCUGUAUCCCGUACUGCUGAGUCCUGGUAACUGAAAUAGCUUUAGGGUGUCAGAAAUUUCUUCCUGCAUAUUUGUAGUCAUAAUUAACUCCAUACAUAAUUUGCUGUGUGAGCUAAAGAGGCUUGCUAGUCUCAGUCAAAACAGGUUUAUCUUUUUUUUUUUUCUGUUGUGCAUUGUUCUUUGCUGACAUGUUAUAUAUUGAUUGGUGUAUUUUUCACUUUUUAAGUCCAGAGGGAUGAACCAGGAACCAGCUGCAGUAUUCUGUAACAGUCUGGUUUAUGUAAGAUAAAAUUAUGACCUCUGCUCUCACCUACUUCUUUUUGUCCUCGACUCCCUCGCUACACUGUUAAUAUUCACUUUUACCCUCUUAAGCACAUUUUUCAGUUGUUCUGCAAAUGCCUCUGAGGACUAAUUUCUUUUGCUUCUAGAAACUCAACAGGGUUUAAGGCCAGACAGCACAUGAUGAACACAUUCUGAAACAUUGUGGUGUAUUUCACAGAACUACUCUAGCAGAGACCUUAAUAACUAUGUUUUGUACAGUAACUUUUCCAGAAAGCUUGGUUUUAAUAUGCAGAUUGUCUUUGCAAUUGUUAUAUAGUUUCAUUAACAUUCUUGAUAAAGAUGUCAAAUAGCUGCAGAGUAUGGGAUUCUCUAGGACAAAUCCUUAUUUACAAUUAUUUAAUAUCAAGCAUUUAAUGUAUUCCACUGAUGCUUGUAUAACAUGUGGGGCCAAGAAAAAGGCCUUAGAGAAAUUUAUGAUGUCAACAGCUACUUUUACCAAAACAGACUUGUAAUUAAUUAAAGAAUAAUAUUUACAGAAAACUCUUCUCUGUGAAA